UGCAAACUACCAAUAAACACUAAAGAAGAAGAAGUGGACAGUUGACAGCUCACUUCAGCUAACAGUGACGACUGCAGCUCAUCUCAAUAUCUGCACGUGAAUACAAACUAUCUGUCCUUCAACAUGUCGGCCAGAAAUCCAGGGACGAAGCUCGAUCUGGAGUGGAUAUCCAAAGUGAGAGUGAAUACACAUGCUAUCCUGAAGAGAGCUCAGCACAUCCAAGGACAGAAGAUCCCCAAGAAACAGUGGCAGGCUGCCUGGCUGCUGAAGGCUGUCACAUGUAUCGACCUGACGACUCUUGCUGGAGAUGAUACGCCGUCCAACGUCCAUCGGCUGUGUCUGAAAGCCAUCCAGCCGAUCCGAAGCGACCUGCUCAAGGAGAUGGAUAUGCAUAACAAAGGAGUGACAACAGGAGCAGUGUGUGUGUAUCCGUCUCGGGUGGCCGAUGCCGUCAAAUCACUUAAAGCGGCAAACUCCAGCCUUCCUGUUGCCUCGGUUGCCACUGGUUUCCCAGCAGGCCAGACUCCACUGGAGACCCGCCUGCAGGAAGUCCGCUUGGCCGUGGCUGACGGCGCCUCAGAGAUCGACAUCGUCAUCAACAGGACGCUCGCCAUCACAGGACGGUGGGAAGCCAUGUAUGAUGAGAUCCGUCAGUUUCGGGAGGCCUGUGGUGACGCCCACAUGAAGACCAUCCUGGCAAUUGGAGAGCUGGGCACCUUCACCAACGUCUACAAGGCCAGCCUGGUUGCCAUGAUGGCCGGUUCGGACUUCAUCAAGACGUCCACAGGAAAGGAGUCCGUCAACGCCACUUACCCUGUCGCCAUAGUAAUGGUGAGGGCCAUCCGUGACUACUUCUUGUGCACAGGCCACAAGGUGGGUUUUAAGCCAGCCGGGGGGAUCCGGACGGCUCAGGAGUCUCUGGUGUGGCUCAUUCUGAUCAAAGAAGAGCUGGGCAACGACUGGCUCUGCCCGCUCCUGUUCCGCCUGGGAGCCAGCAGCCUGUUGGCUGACAUCGAGAGGCAGAUCUACCAUCACGUGACCGGGCAGUAUGCAGACUAUCACGAGCUGCCUAUGGCCUGAAGCUGUGGACUUCCUGUUUUUUUUUUGUUUUUUUUUAAAGACCAAUCAGAACCUCAGACUCGCCACAUACAAGCCUGUCGCUACUUAACCAGGCAGAACUCCUCCAUUCUGUUAACCACCCUCAUGUUCAGUACUUAAGGACUGAAGAGCGGGACCAAUGUCUGUGACACGAGAGGAAAGUGCUUUUAUUGCUCUGUAUAAUGUACUAAAGUAUUGUGCUCCUUCAGACUGAAACAAACAGGUGGAUAAACUUUGUCACGGUCUUUUGUUACAGUAAUAAUAAACCGUGUAUCGUGUGAAA